GGGGGGCGGGGGCCGGUCCCAGAAGAUGGCGGAGGCGGGGGGUUCCAUGUAGGUCCUAUUUCAGGACGAAACUUGAUACCGUUGAACACAGAUCUACUUUAUUUCUACACAGAGUUGGCUGGGAAACCACUUCUUUUUUUCUUUCCCUUUUUUUUUUAUUUGGUUGCCAGUUUGCUGAACUUAUGAAACCAUGGCAGAAGGAGAGACGGAAUCACCGGGGCCUAAAAAACGUGGCCCCUAUAUCUCGUCCAUCACUAGCCGAGGCAUGAACUUGAUGAUUCGAGGAGUGGUGCUGUUCUUCAUUGGAGUAUUUCUCGCACUGGUGUUAAAUUUGCUCCAGAUUCAGAGAAAUGUGACUCUCUUUCCACCCGAUGUGAUCGCCAGCAUCUUCUCCUCAGCAUGGUGGGUACCACCUUGUUGUGGCACAGCCUCAGCUGUGAUUGGGUUAUUAUACCCCUGCAUUGACAGGCAUCUGGGAGAACCACAUAAAUUUAAAAGAGAGUGGUCCAGUGUAAUGCGGUGUGUAGCCGUCUUUGUUGGUAUAAAUCAUGCCAGUGCUAAGGUGGAUUUUGAUAACAACAUACAGUUGUCUCUCACACUGGCUGCACUCUCCAUUGGCCUGUGGUGGACUUUUGAUAGAUCUCGGAGUGGUUUUGGCCUUGGAGUGGGAAUUGCCUUCCUGGCAACCUUGAUCACUCAACUGCUAGUCUAUAAUGGUGUUUAUCAAUACACAUCUCCAGAUUUUCUCUACGUUCGUUCUUGGUUACCUUGUAUAUUUUUUGCUGGCGGCAUAACGAUGGGGAACAUUGGUCGACAGCUGGCAAUGUAUGAAUGCAAGGUAAUCGCAGAAAAAUCUCAUCAAGAAUGAAGAAGGCAAACAUAUAUCUUUUGUACAGAAAAACAAGAUGAAAAGGGCAUGUAAAUAAUAGAUAUGUCAAUGAAACUUUGGACUGUAAAAUUGCCAGAAUGCAGUUUUUCUCUUGAUUGGUAUAUAUACACUCAUACAAACAUACUACACACACAUAAUUCUGCAAUCUGUGAUUGCUUUAUCUGUAAAUCAGUUACAAACCUCUAUGUAUUUGACUUAAAUAACUGUAAAAAUAUAUAUAUAUGAACUGCAUUAAAAAGAAUGUUGAUUAAUAGAUGAAAUUUUUAAAUUAAUUUUUUAAUGUACCAUAUAUUGCAUCACAGGGUUGUCGUGCCAAAAUAUUCUGUUAUUGCCAUAUAAGAGUGCUUUGAAUAAUUUAUUAACUUAGUGAAAUGAAAUCAGAGGAGAAGCCAGGAAAAAAAAAAGUAAAUAGGGAACUGGUAUAUUUUUUUCUUUUUCACUUAUUGUUGUGCCUUUAAAUGUUUCCUAAUCAGAUCAGUAUCAGUGUGGGUACCCUAGUGUCUAUUUUCAUGUCACAUCAGAUAGCUUUGGGUGUUUUAAUAUAAAACAAAAAAGAACUUCCACAGAAUGUCUUCAAAUCUUCAUUACUGGAGAGAAUAAUCUUUUGUUCUGACAAAAGACUGGAAGUAAAAGUGUUUAGCGGGUGGUAUUAACAUUAAAUUGUUUUGUGUCUAAAUCUAAAAGUCUGUAUAUUAAAAAAAGUAAAUACCACUGGGGAAUUUAACUAGAAGACAUAUUUUAAAAAUGCCAGACGCGCUUCUGUGGUGACACGAUGUUGUGCGUUAACUCUUCUCUGCAGUGCUUUUGUACACAGAACACGUGUGACUCUAAGCAGCCCAAAAGGAAAAAAUUAAAUCUCCUGGAUUCUGUUCUUGGAUUCUGUAAAGAAAAUCAUUUUAGCUGGACCAGGCCUUAUCACUGAUUGUCAGUAAAAUGCCAUCUAGGGAAUGGAUGGGCUAGUAAAUAUGCCCGUUAGUGACUAGUUCAAGUUUGUUUAAGAAUAUAUUCCAGUGCGGAUUGUGCAUGUUAAAGAUCUUGAUAACAGAUACAUGCAUAUCUUUCCAACAACUUGAGCCACUUAAAUGUGAUUUAAACACAUUCUUAGCUAACUUUUGUCCCAGUUUUUAUUUUUGAAGUUGAUACAUGUGUUCAGUUGUUCAUACACAAGGGCAAAGUUUUCUGUAUAUUCUGCAUAUUUUGGAGAGAAAGAUAUCUAUAUAUAUACAUAUAUAUGUAUAUAUACACAUAUGUACAUAUAUAUAAAGAGAGUGUGUGUUAUAUUGAGAGAGAGAGAAUAUAUUUGUAUAUGUUUAAGUGCAUGUGCCCAUACUCUCUUGAAGUGUUGAUUCGAUAUGUUUAUUUUUGGUUUUAAAACUGUUGCUGUCAGACUGAGCUCUUGUAUGCCAAACCUUAAUCUGCUUUUAUGUUUUAAGGCCGAAAGUGUGAAAAUCCUAAAAGGAUUUCAUAUUGAACAUAUGUACACAAUCUUAACUAUAGUGGUAGUAAAUAUACUGCUAUAAUUUAUUGUUCUAUCUUCCAGAUACUGUUAUUCAUUUAGAACAAAUAAAGUAUAUUUUUAGAAUCAACUUUGUAAGCACUAUAAAUCUUUAAUAAGUUAUAAGGUCGAUGAUGUGUUUACUUUGAAAAUUGCUGUUAAAGGCAAGAUGUAUUAAAUAUGUAAUUAUC